AUGAAACGAUCGUUGUCGAUUGCGGUAGCAAUUGUACUACUCGGUUGCAGUACUGGCUCUCCACUGUUCGAUUGGGGGAAAAAGCAGGAUGAUGGAGGUGGUUUACUUAACAAAGUGUCAACGAUCAAACAAACCGUAUACGAAAAGAAGCGCGAGUUCUUGAACGGUGUUAACGAGAAAGUAUCAAAAUUACUUUGGAUUCCACCAUGGCCCUCAUCGACAACGGAACAAGCGCCCGACAGUGAUUCAUCGCUGCAUCAUGAUCCAGUGCCCGAGAAUCCUAGCAUCUGGUGGUGGCAAACGACGGAACUACCAGCCACCAGCACCCAUCAAAGCGCUACAGAGCCGUCUACGACGCAAGCAAUGAUCAUCUCCAGCACGCAUCCUCCAAGAGCUUCCUCUACGGUGAGAAAUCCUUGGCAUGCGGACCGUCUAGUGUUUACUGUAGCUGAUACAAACGAACUAGAGCUACCAAAUGUUUCCAUGUAUGCUCGAAGCAGCUUUAUCCCUCAGGAACUAAUGCUAACAGAUUCAAUCGAGUACGUUGGUCCAGUAAUAGGAGGUGGUCCUCCAGUAGCUCCAGAUCAGCGAUCAAACCGCCUUAUAGUGACAUAG